AGCUUGAAAUGGAGGAAAGUACCACGAAUUCUCAGCAAAACAAGCUUUCUGCAGAGCUUGUUAAGAAAGCAAGGAAGAUACCAUCGGGCGUUUUCGAGGAUUCGAGUUCGACAACAUCCAGAAAGUCAACUUGGACGCCAAAACGGCCACUGCACAAGCCAGGUACACUGGAGCCCAUUGUUCUUCGAUCAGACGUCCCGCAAGGAGUCAACAUUGGCAUUCUGUUGUAUGGCUAUAAUUAUCCACGUCAAGUAAUCCGGCAACAACGCCAAGCUGUGACAACAGUCACUCAUGAUCCUGUCGAGGAGCCAUGCAAUGUUGAACAGAACAAAGAGCCCGUGAAACCCAUGACUGAUGAUCAAGCAAACGUCAAUGAUGAAUCUGAAAACGCAUCGAUCAAGCCAGCUUCUUAAGCAACUGUGUGUUUCUAAACUCAUUAAUUUCUUGAAUUACUUGAAGUUUUUGAUGAGAAAUAUGUAUGCUUUUUAAUUGUUUUGUAAUAAGCCUUGAUGUGACACACAAAAACAAUUUUUGCU